GGGCGCGACAUCUCCCAGCCUGAUGAUGACGGAAGUUUUGCAGGAACUGAACCUCUGACGUGUCAAAUUGUCGCCAUUUUCCUGAGGAAGGAAACGCCUUGAAGAGGGAAGGAACUAUAUCACCUGUGUUUAUUUUCGCCAAAGUAGGUUCCCAUCACCAGCCACCAUGGGGAAUGUGUUUGCAGGGCUCUUUAAAAUGUUCGGGAGGAAGGAGAUGAGGAUCCUCAUGGUGGGUCUGGACGCUGCUGGAAAGACAACUAUUUUGUACAAACUAAAACUUGGAGAGAUUGUGACUACCAUUCCCACAAUAGGUUUUAAUGUAGAGACCGUAGAGUACAAGAACAUCAGUUUCACUGUAUGGGAUGUCGGUGGUCAAGACAAAAUUCGACCGCUGUGGCGUCAUUACUUCCAGAACACACAGGGUCUCAUCUUUGUUGUGGACAGCAACGACAGAGAGCGAUGUACGGAGGCUCGUGAAGAGCUCUUGAGAAUGUUGGCAGAGGACGAGCUGCGUGAUGCCGUGCUCUUAGUGUUUGCCAACAAACAAGACCUUCCAAACGCUAUGAAUGCUGCAGAACUUACAGACAAGAUGAAUCUUCACUCUCUACGCAACAGACACUGGUACAUCCAGGCAACCUGUGCCACCACAGGAGAUGGUCUCUAUGAAGGACUGGACUGGUUGUCCAAUCAACUCAAGAACCAUUAAUAAUCAUAGCUGAUCCAAAACUUAUCUACUCCACCCAAUCUCUGACCUUUCUCUCUAAUCUUAAGGUGUUGCAAAACUGAGCUACCCUGUCCAAAAAAAAAAAAAAACCUACUGGAAGCUGCCCUCUCCUAAGCUGUUAUUAUGGCAAACAUACAGGCCAGUGGUGAGCUUGAUCUAUUCUUGUAAAACUUUUUUUUUUUUUUUUUUUUAAUGUAAUUGUAAAUAUAUUUGGUAAUGGGGCAGCUUAUUGGACUCUUAUAGAUCCUAACAUGGUUAUUUUUUUUUCUCUUUCUGACUGUUGGGCAGCCAUGUGCGCAUUGAAUCAUAAAAGGGAGACAAGGAAUAAGAAUUUACUAGCACACGAUGGCCCCAGGACCUCAAUGCAAUCUGAUGACUUGUUAUUAUCUUGUCACGCGUACUGUAGAGAGUGAUCCAUGAGAGGCUUUUAAUUUAAAAAACAAAAAAAACAAAAAAACUGAA